AUCCGCACUACGGUUUCUAUCGGUAGCUGUCCCUCGUGCCUAUCCGCUCUACGCAUUCCAUUGGCACCUCUCGCUUACCGGAAGCGGUGCCCCGCGCAGUCCAGGGGUUGCAUUUCGUAGCGCGCAUUGGCAAUCUCCCAUUGGUGCAGUUGGCGCGAGUGGCGCCCCCAAGCGCGCUUGCAAAUACAAAGGCGGCGUUUUAACUCGCACCGGCUCCAGCGCAUGAGUGGGGGGAGCGGUGUUGAGUUUGGGUUGUUGUUGCGGGGGGCAGGGGGGGGGUUCAGGGUGCAAGCGUUUGCGUUGGGCCCAGAGCACAGCCAUGAGGGGCUUCUGCCAACUCAACGGCAAUGCCCUGGCGUACUCCAUGACCACCGCCGGGGCCAGUAUCAUCAACAGCAUCUUCAGCUUCUACUAUGUCAAGCUGUUCCUCAGCCAGUACCACAUCUCCGAGGUCGACUUUCACCGAGCGCAGGUUGUCUACAUGGUGUGGAAUGCUGUCAAUGACCCGCUGUUCGGAUAUCUCCAGGACACGGGCAGCUGGGCAUGCUGCCGUAGCCGGCGCUUGGCCAUUGCGUACGGCGCCACGCUCUACGCCGUCGCCUUCCUGUUGCCCUGGUUCCCGUGGCGGAGCGGGGGCUAUGGGCCGGGCGACCCGCUGGCAGGAGUGCACCUGCUGGUAGCCCUGUGCGCCUUCGACGGCGCGCUCACGUUCGUGCUGCUGGCGCAGUGCGCGCUCUUUGCCGAGAUUUCCGGCCGGCACAGCGACCGCCUCACGCUGCUCAAGUACAGCCAGGUGGCCUCAUUCCUGGGCUCGGGCUCGGUGCUACUGUGUGGCCUCAUCACGAACAACAUGACCGUGUUUUCCACCAUGCAGUGGUAUUGCGUGUUGGCGGCCUGCAUCGCGUGGCUCUGCAUGCGCUACACGGGCAUCCAUGUGGUGUCUGCCACUGAUAAGCUUUCCAGCCACGCCACCGCCAGCAACCCAGAACCUCAAGACACUCCACUUCUUAAAGACGGCAAAGCCCUGCCCCAGGCGUCGGCCGUCUUACUGUCGCUGCAGAUCAUGCGGCAGCGGGACUUCCUUCUGUUCGUCGCCAUGAACUUCCUGCAAGUCCUGCACGUCACCUUCUCAAGCAGCUUCACGCUCAUAUUUGCCGAGCAGCUGCUGCCGGCUGCUACGAUGCCCACGCGAGCGCAGAGCGUGCUCUACGGAGCGGGCUUCAUGUGUCCGCAGAUCCUGGUGCUGUGCAGCCAAGGCUUGCUGCACCGCGUCGGAUACUACCGCUUGCUGCUUCUUGCCUUCGUCCUUCAGCUGUGUCUCGCCACAAUCACCUUCGUGGCUGGCUCGUCCUGCUAUGUGUCGCUCACUGCCUUCCUGCUGCUCGACAUGGUCCUGCCCCAGGCUGUGUUCAGCCUCUUCAACCUGCCUCUUUCUGAUAUCAUCGACGCGGACGCCCGGACCCACCGACGCAGCUCUCCACUCUCGUCUAUGGUGUUUGGGCUCAACGCACUGUUCACCAAGCCAGCACAGUCGCUAGCGCCCAUGCUGGUGGUCAGGAUCCUGAACCAGCACGGCUACCAGACCCUGGGAGACAUGGCUGGCACAACAGACACCAGCUCGCAGGCUGGGCUGCACCAAGCCAUGUUCGGCCUGCUCUGCAUUGUCCCGGCCACCAUCUCCCUGCUGCAACUGUGCAUAUGGGCACCGUUCUCAAUCCGCACCAGCCACAAUGCCAUCCCACGGCACGCCGACCUGUAGACAGAACCCCAGACCAGCUGUGAAAAAAAGGUCAUGGCGACCCUUGCAGCUCCUCUGCAUGGCAAUGGAGGGCGAGGAAGUGAGUGGGGGGAGUGAGUGAGGGCCGUGAGAGUGCAGGACGUGAGCGAGAUACAGGGAAUGAGAUUGAAAUCUCCGCCACUUAACUUCCGAAGCCGUGCGUGCAAGCCUCGUCAAAGUUUUUUUUUUAAUUUGUUGAGCUUUGAAGUUUAAAAUGUCACAGUCGGCACUUGCCCAUAUCCAGGGCCAAUAUGGGAAAAAGGUCGGCCCUGUGAAUAGGUCUGCUUCAACCAAAAGAGGGUAUAUUUUAAAAAUAAGUUCACCUUAAUUAAAUUUUAAGUGUGGUUUGCGAGGUCAGGCUGCUUGCUGAGCAUUUCUUCUCUCAAGCGUCAUCACCGGGCAUCUCCCAGGAGGUGAAUUCAACUGCUCAAGAUUG